AUGUUUUUUUUUCGUAUUGAAAAUUUGAGUAGAUAAAAUUGACAAAUAUAUUUCUAAUGUGAUUCUAAUUUCUCAUUAGACAAUUAUUACGAAUGUCGUUCCUAUUUAUUGGAAGAUCGUUAGAUUCCAGUCGGAAGUGGAAUGGCAAUGGAAUUCGUCGGCAAAAAGCAUCCAAGAUUGACGUGAAACUCGAUGGCAAAGUGACGUGGGACGAAUUCAUCUCCUACUUGCUGAUAGAAUUUCAAGUCCAGGACAUCAGCCGGAAACCGCAGAUGUUGGAGACGCCGUUGACGAGCUUGCCGAAAUUAUUAAGAUCACGUCAUCGCACCGCCGUCUGCAGGAUCGUGUUCUACCCGGAAGUUCUGCCGGACAGAAGCACGAGUUUCCAGAGAGGCUGUUACCUGACAGCUAGCACAGAAGGAAUGAUCAAUUACUGGUCGUUGGAUCUCGAGUACGAGCGCACAGUGCAAUCCAAGAAUCCGUACCUGAAGGUGCAGGCCACCGUUAUCACCGACAUGAUCGUGAUGCCGGACGUCCAGGUGGUGUGCACGAGCUCGACCGAGUGCGAUCUGAGGUUCUACGACGUUGCGGCGAAGAAGUUCGACCUUCGCAUAUUGAUAUCCAGUUUGCAGAACGCGGUCGUCUGUAUGUACUACUGCUUCAGCGCGAACAUAAACGGAAUCUCCUACAUCCUCCUGGGCGAUACCAGAGGCUCCGUCGUGGUCAUGGCCUUCAGUCCCGUGGACAGGGGUCCCUUCAAGCAGUACACAGAGCGCGACACGACGAUUCUCCGUUACGACGAAGUGAUCAGGGGUGAGCUGUCGGGGCUGCGCGUGACGGAAUUCAGGAACAUGCACACGAACUGGACGAGCCAGGUGGCUUACCACGAAAGUCUGCGGGCGUUCAUCUCGUGCAGCCAGUGCGAGGAAUGUUCGCUGUGCAUUUGCGACCUGACGAACGUGUGGAGGCGGUAUCGCUUCAAGGUGCCCACAGGGAUGUCCUGCUUCGCGUUCUGCGAAGAGAGUCAGGUGUUGGUGACGGGCGGACCGGACUGCGUAGUGCGCAUUUGGAACCCGUUCGUCCCCAAGAAGGCGAAAGCCGCCCUCCUGGGACACCGUUCCACCAUCUGCGCCUUGGUCAUAGUGAACGCCGGCAAGCGACUUUACUCUUUGUCGAAGGACAGGUGCAUCAAGGUGUGGGAACUUCCGAGCAACAACUGCAUCAAGACAUACAAUAAAUUACCAAGUGAACUGAGCGAGCACGCUCCGAUGACUUUAAUCUUCAACACACUGACCCGUACGAUGAUCAUCGCCAGUGUAAUGAUCGCCAUUCUCGUUUGUGAACCGGUAAUUAACUGGGAGGCGUCGGACGGCCGCACGCACAACAAAGGCGUCAGCUGCGUUCUCUACAAUCAGCUUUACAGUGUGAUUGUCUCUACUGGAUUAGAUUCGCGCAUCAUCGUCUGGGAUCCUUGGUUGGGACAUCACUUGCGAAUGAUGACGAACGCUCACGGCGUUAUACGAUACGGGCAGCACGUCGACGUCGAGGUCACGGCGGCGUGCUUCGACGAUACCGAACAGUUCUUGCUCACCGGUGCUAGAGACGGAUCCCUGAAGAUGUGGAACUUCAACACCGCCACGUGCAUACGUCGCACCAUGAUAGACUACCAAUGCGAGAUCACGAGCGUCGUGUGGCUUGAGAAUCGGAUUUUCUGCAGCGGCUGGAACAAGCAAGUUGUCGAAGUGGCAGCUACGGAAUUCGACGUGCGCAAGAAAUGGGCGACCAGUCACUCCGACGACAUUCUCUGCUCGGCUGUGCGACUUCCCCAUAUAUUAGCCACCGGAACGUACAACGGUGAAUUGAUUCUGUGGACGCUUGAAACAGGUCAACUUUUUAAAAAGUACAACGUGAUCGACGUUGUUAGGAGGUGCGUUGAGGUAACGGGGACAAAUGCGCAGAAGGAGUUGAGAAAGUCGAGCUCGCUCGACGGAUCUGCGGCAAAUUGGCGAAUGAAAGAACUGACGCCGUGCGCUCACCAAGAAUCAGCAUUGAACAUCGUUCGCGAGAUCGCAGUGCGCGCGAUGAUCUUCUUGGUCGCACGGGAAGUGGGACCGGACGUCGGCACGCUCUUGGUCGCGCUUGAUUCCGGGCUGGUGCAAGUCUGGACGCAUCAUCCAGCUGCGGGCUUCUUGGCUGCCUUCUCGGUCAUCCACACGGUGGGCGAUUGCGCCACGUCGUUGGCCACCGACCCUGAAAAUCAUUUCCUCGUUACAGGCCACAGCGUCGGGUACAUCAAAGUUUGGUUGCUCUCGAAUUACAUGCGACCGGAUCCGCCGAAGGUGUGCAUGCUGCAGCUGAGGCUGCAAUUCCCGUUCCUGUGGAAGGACAAGAUAGACGGGAGAGCUAAGAGAGCGACACGGGGCCAGGCGUUUCCGCUUCUGUUGUCGUCGGUACGGGCUCACACGCGGGGUGUCACUUCCCUGCGGAUGAUUUCCAGCGCGCGGAUAAUAGUCAGCGGCAGCGCGGAUUGCACGGUGCGUCUGUGGAGCUACAAUGGCCGUUACAUAUCGACGCUCGGCACGUUCCGAGAUUGGAGCCCGAUCCUACCCACGGUGCCCGUGGGCAGGUACUUCGAGGACUACAGGUUGCCGGCGGACAUCAGAAGAAUCGCCAGUUCCACUACGAUGAAGGUGCUUUGCGGCGGCAUGAGGCAAGUACAAGUCGAGGUCGAGGCGGAGGACGCGGAGGUUUUGAGGGAAAUUCCGGAAGAGGAGCGACAACUGCUGCACGGCGAGGCGUUGGAUCCCUCAAUCCUGGACGCCUACUACAAAUCUCGGGCUCCUAGCGUAACGUAUCGGGAAUGCCUGAAAUUGGACAACACUUUACCGCAUAUACCGAUUUAUACGCAUUUGCCAACUUAUCAUUUGACACUCGUGGAGGCGCAGAGAACACUCUUGCUGGGACAGAAGAUGGAACUUACUAAGAAAGUGUAUUUAAGAAGGGCGAUGAUGCCAUUGCGUCCAAACGCAACGACCGGAGGCGAGGAGACGUCUGUGAAAGCUAUUCCGUCGCCACGUUGAGUUCUUAGUAAGAAAUCAAUAUAAUGUUGAUGAAACAAUAUAUGUAUCUCACAAAUAAUGCUUAUCGAAAUAAUCAAAUGCCAGCUUAUCUACAUUAAUAAUAGUCGUGUUUGUAAUCAGCUGUCAGGGAAUAAUUACAUGUCGAAAAAGAGAGAAAGAUUUAUAUAAAGUCCGUAUAA